AUGGACAGUAUCCAUCAUGUUGGAGAUGACUGCCUUUCCCUGCCUUCUCUUCGCCUCUUCAUACCCCCUUUGCGCUUGAUGUCUUCGGCCAUGUGGCAUGUUGUCCAUGAAGGGGAUGUGCAGGGGUAUGGCAUGGUUGAAGACUUCAUCAACACUGUCACAGACAUAGUCCCUGACAUCCUCAGCGUGGAUCAGAGGACUCAGCUGCUGCUUGCUCUCCGUGCGAGGGUUGUUCUUGAAAUGUGCAGAGGAGACCACAUAACCAACACAGAAUCGAUUGGAAGGCACCUUGAAAAAAUAAAACAACUUGUGUCUUCUUGGGCUGCACAGCCAAGUUUUGCAGAGAUUGAGUUUCCAGAAUCCACGUUUGUUGAUCAAGUGCAGUUACUGUUGAAAGAUCCGAGCAAAAAGGAGACUUUCUUCAAGGAUAUUUUCCCUCUCGAGUUUGGAACGGAAUUCCAUAGUGCGCUACAAGUGCUGAUGCUGGAUUUUUUAACUCGAUUAGAGAAGUUAUUUCCAAUACCUGACAUCCAACAGACUACCACUAUUCUUUGUGCCAUUCCCUCUGCCCUGGAGGAUUGUCUUCACCCACUCUCUGACCCUCAGCAUUUAAAGGCCGUUCUCCAGCACCAUGUUGCACUCGGACACUUGGAUUUAUCAGAUGAGACUCAGACCAUUGCCUCAUCCUUUGGAAACAGCAUUCUCUCCUCGCUCUCUCUCCCUCAAGUGGAAAAAGUUGUGAUAGAUGCUGAUGAAAUCCAGUUAGAAGCCUCCUCUGAGCAGAUGCAAGGUUGUGUGACGGUUCAAGUGGAAGGGCAAACCGUCACAUUGUUGGACUACAUACAAAUCGAACAGCCAUCGGAUCUGAUCGAGACCGACGACCAGGGGGAGUCCGGAAAUGAGCAAGAAAUGACUAAUACAGCAAAGUCAGACGCGGAGGAGCAAGAUCCCUUAAAGCCUGUUCCAUUUCAACCUCUCAAACAAAGCAAGCAAGUCGAAGUAAAGAAUGAGUCUUGUCAAACUUCCAGGCGACAAAGAAAAAAAUUCCCCUGCGACAAAACCUGCCCAGUGUGCGAGAAGACCUUCCUGCGUGCCGCGGCCAUGAGACGCCAUCUCGAAACUCACUCAGAAAACCGAGAACUGAAAUACAAAUGUGGAAACUGCGACAAAAGUUUCAGGGACCAAUACGACAUGACCCGGCACAACAUGCGCGUUCACGAGAAGGCGGAUGUGGGAAGUCCAGUGCUGGCUGAGGAUUCCGAUUCAAACACGUCCCCCUCGUCUGAGAACAAGCAUUGCGUUUUGUGCGGUAAAUAUUUUGCCCGCUUUGUUGACAUGGAGCGACACAUGAAAUCCCAUUCAGAGGACCGGCCGUACAGCUGCACUUUUUGUAAAAAGAAAUUCAAAAAUCCCUAUGUUUUGAAGAGGCAUCAGAACAAAAUAUGCAAAAGUAGAGAAGUAUCACCGCCCACGACGACGAAAAAGAAGGACCUUGCAAACCAGCAGCCUGAGCUUGAGGGUUCAGCAGAAGGCAAAACGUGUCCUAUCUGCAGCAGGAUUCUACCGUGUAAUGGAGAUAUGGCCAAACAUUUGAGGUCGCACACCGAAGAACGACCGUUUAUUUGCGGCACAUCCAUUAAGAUCCCCGUGUGGUGUUCCAACUGUGGGAAGCAUUUUGAUUGUCUGUCGUCUCUAAAGGAGCACCAGGAGAAAGUGUGUAAACUGGACGUGCGGGAAAUUCUGAAAUGUGACGAGUGUGGAAAAGAGUUCAAGAGCAUGACACUGCUCAAAGUGCAUCAGAGAAUCCACGAUCCACUGUACUGCCAAGAGUGUGGAAAGAUAAUGCCCAAUGAGGCUGCCUUUGAGCGCCAUAAGUUGAUGCACCGACCAAUGCAGUGUACCAUGUGUGACAAGUCGUUCACGUUGCUCCGGCGCCUGAGGGAGCACUAUGAGAAGCAGCACAACUUCACCGGGCCGUAUCCCUGUGGGCAGUGUGACAAAAGCUUCAUGCAGCUGACAUACCUGGCUAUUCAUGGGAGGAUCCACCAAGGAGAGUUCCCUUAUGUUUGUGAUUUAUGUCCAGAAAAGUUCAGGUCUUCCAACUGUCUGACAGUGCAUCAGAGAAAGCACACAGGGGAGAAACCGUUCCUGUGCUGGCAGUGUGGGAAGUGUUACCGCUCCGCAUCAGAGCUCACGGUGCACAUGGGGACGCACUCUGAGGAGCGGCCCUGGGCCUGCUCACAGUGCGACAUGGCCUACCGCACAAAGCAGCAGCUCACCAAUCACGUGGAGCAGGUGCACAUGGGUCUGAGAUACCCCUGCAAAGACUGUGGGAAACAAUUCAUGAAGGAGACGUCUUUGAAGAGGCACGAGCUGAUUCACACCGGGGAGCGCCCGCACCAGUGCACCGUGUGCGGGAAGACCUUCCUGACGGCCAACGAACUGCGGCUCCACACCCGGUACCACACAGGGGAGCGGCCGUACAAGUGCGACGUGUGUUCAUUUGACCGGGCUUUGUCUUCUUGGGGACCCGAAGUGAUGUCUAUCGCUCUGUUCUCUCAUUGGCAUUUAUGUGAUGUCUUUAAGCGUGUGGUGGGCUGUGUCCUGUGCAGCCAUGCCCUGUCACUGCUCUGCGUCUUCGCGCUGACUCCGGGGGCCACGGGGGCCGGCUCCGAGACGCUGUGUGGGGCGGAGCUGGUCGACACGCUUCAGUUUGUGUGCGGAGAACGAGGCUUUUAUUUCAGUAAGCCAACAGGCUAUGGCUCUAAUGUGCGGCGGUCACGAGGAAUUGUGGAUGAGUGCUGUUUCCAGAGCUGUGAGCUGCGGCGCCUGGAGAUGUACUGUGCUCCAUCAAAGACGAGCAAACCGCCUCGGUCUGUGCGCUCUCAGCGCCACACAGACGUGCCGAGACCUGCCAAGGUUAGUACUGCAGAGCAAGUGGACAAGAGAUCAGAGCGUAGGACAGCAAAGCAGCCAGACAAGACAAAAAGCAAGAAGAGAUCAACACACACCCACAGCCAUGCAUCAAUUAAGGAAGUCCAUCACAAAAAUUCAAGCCGAGACACCGCUUCCAGUAGAAGUUACAGAAUUUAA